AUGGUGGAGAUGACAGCGAUGAUGGAGGUGAUGGAGGUGAUGGAGGUGAUGGAGGUGAUGGAGGUGAUGGAGGAUAUAUCAAACCAUCUUUCAAGCACCAUAUCUGAUUCAUGCUGGCUGGCUAACAUUCAUUGUCAAAGAAACUCCUUCAACUUUGACAACGGCUCGAGUUACGAAGGAGAAUGGCGAAAUUUUCUUCCUGAUGGCUAUGGUACAUACAUCUGGCCCAAUGGAUCGAAGUAUGUCGGAUUCUUUGAAGCUGGUUGUUUUCAUGGAGAUGGCAAGCUUUAUGAUAGGAAUGGAAACGGGAAUGUCGAGCACUACUCAGGAAAUAAGUUUCAAGGAAAUUUCCUCAACUCUAGAGCAAAUGGAUCUGGAAAAUACAGCUUUCGCAAGACAGUGGUGGAGGGCGUGUGGGAGAAUGGUCACUUCUCGACAGCAAGACACGACUCAGAGGGCCCACUGACAUGGUUGCUGCCAGAGACUAGUCAUUCGGCGCAGCCUCCGCAGGCAGCUCAACCGGAGCAAACUGAAGCAGGGGCAGCAGGGGACAACAGAAAGCGGCAUUCUUCGGAAUGGAAAGGCAAGGGCCUGGCAGGAGUCACUUUCUCCAACAUAGUGGGCAUGGAUAUAUGGGCACACUGGAUGUCAAGGUGCUUGAGCCUGUCCCUUUCCUCAUCUCCAUAUGACAAGGUGUUGAAGAGUGGAAAACUGGCGCAAAGACGAGCAAAGCCGAAGAGUGGAUCUGGUCCACACUUUCCGUUAGUGCAGGCCCAUGCUGAUCUCAAGUGA